UGACUCUGUUUUUAUGAAUGAAAAGAAUCCUGUGAGUGAGUAAUUCCAGGAAACUCAGAUUACAACUCAGCAGAUCGCGCAGGCCAGCUCAGCCCUCCUGCCUGGAAAACAACCCCACUGCAUCUCCCUUUAUUUAUUAUUAUCAUUUUUAUUACUAUCAUCAUCAUCAUCAUCAUCAUUAUUAUUUUUACAGCAACAAACAAGAGGGUUCCAAAAAGAGAACCGAAGAAAGGGAGGAAAAAGAAGAAGGUGGAAAGGAAGAGAGAAGCCACUGAAAAUUCAUCCGGAAGAUAUAGAUAUAUAGAUAUAUAUUGAGCAAACCCAGUUACAGGCUCUUUCCUGGACACCAGCAAAAGCACGAGGCAAAUAUGUCAGCUGACAGUUUGUCAAGCAAAGCCCUAAAGAUCAAACGGGAGAUGGGUGAGAACACGCCGCACCUCUCCGAUGAAGAGCUCAUGGGGUUGUCAGUGCGGGAGCUUAACCACCAUCUGCGAGGGCUGUCCAAGGAGGAGGUGGCGCGGUUGAAGCAACGUCGGCGCACAUUGAAGAACCGUGGCUACGCAGCCAGCUGCCGGGUCAAGCGGGUGUGUCAAAAGGAAGAGCUGCAAAAGCAGAAGACGGAGUUGGAAAGAGAAGUCGAUAAGCUAGCACGUGAGAACGCCGCCAUGCGUCUUGAGCUUGACGCCCUGCGUGGCAAGUAUGAGGCACUGCAGGGCUUUGCCCGCACCGUCACUGCUCACAGCACUACCGCUAAGGUGGCUACUGCCAGCGUCAUUACUAUUGUCAAAUCUGGCUCCAACCAGGCCACAUACUCCUAGUGUCUACAAGCCAAGUCGCGAACUGAGUCCUGUUGCCAUGCCUCUGCCCAGCUCUCACCUAGAAUGGCUGUAGCUGCACUGGUUCUUCCCCCUUUCUUCUGCCAUUGGAAGGAAACAGAAUGGGCUUGAAGACAAAAUUCCCGAAUAUUUAACUUCCUCCUCCAUCCUUCAUCUUCACUGGAAGAGGGUGGGAAGGUGUUGUCUGAGUUGUGUCAUUUUAGCUGUUAAUGUUAUCUGUUGAUUGGAAUGCAGUGGCCAGUUACCCCUUUGCCUUUCCCCUCCCCAACCCCUUUCCCUCUUCCAUUUUAUGUUUGUCAGGGUUUCUUCUCUACUCCUUCUGCACACCUUAAAUUAAGUUAAUGUAGUGGGAUGUACUUGGAGAGGACCCUUGAUUGCAAGGGUAAUGAAAGGGACAUAACUUCUCUAUGUUGAAGCAAAAAGGGAUGCUAGACUGAAGCCAGCUUCUUAUCAAUAGGAGCUGGGGAUACAGUAACCAAGCAGGAGGUCAGCAAAAGCUAGCUCAGUUUACUUGGUGGCCCUGCUGUGCCACAGCCUUGUGUGCAUCCAUGAUGCAGCUCUGCCUUCUCUAUGCUUUCCCAUUAACUGUACACUUCUUAGCUCAGAAAUGUUUGAUUUCCACAAUCUGGAACUGGAGGUGUUUGAACUCUGUGACACUCAUGCUCUGCUGUUAGGCUUCCUGUGGAUGCUGGACAAGAUUGACCUUCAGAUUGAUCCAGUUUAUCUCUUACAUUCAUACAGACUGGCUGUAACAAGAGCAAACCCCAGCCAUACUAAGCUGUUGAUGAGUGGCAUGCUUAACAACAACAAAAUAAAGGGGAAAUUAGUUGUAACAAGAGGCAAUAAAGGGAAUUAUUGCUGUGUGGUCAUAAGAGUGGUAAGAGGAAAGGGUCAUUGAGGUGCGUGCCAAAACAAGAAGACAGAAUCUGUUGCUUUCAUCCUAUCUGAUGAUGAUAUAAUAUAGCACAACACAGUAAUUAGAAGAGACAACUGCUGCCUGCAGCAGUGUGUGUACAUAAUAUUCAUUUGUGUACACUUUUAUUGUUAACAGUGUUCUUAAACCGAGGUUAUAAGUUCUUUGGAAUGGAAUGGAAGCAGCUUUCUAAAGAGGGAGAAGAAGGUGGAGAAAGUAAAGAGGAGAGAUGAGGCAGGGUGAUGAUGGAUAAAGCAAGUGAUACUGGUGGAGAGGGAAUAGGCAACAAGAUUGUAACUAAAAUAUUAUGGAAGCCUUUUCAGUUUUAAUAUGAAUUAAUUUCUGGGAUGGGCAGUAGCUGUGGUAGUCUUUUAUGCAGUUUUUGGGAUGUUCAUGCUGGGUAAUGGUGAUGAAUGUUGGAACUAAGGAAAAAACAGAAAGCAGAAUUCAUCUAAUCAGAAAAACAAUCAGUCCAGUGGGAAAGUGUCUCUUAAUUUGUUCAGAUCAGCCAAUAUGAAGAUGAAUUGUUUCUGAUGUUUCAAAUUAUGCUCCAUCUGUCAUCAAGUGUGAAAAUGUGCCUAGAAUCUUGGUCCAAGCAGAGAUUAUAAGAAAAAAUAAAUAGGGCAUCUAUGCCAUGGGAGACUAGCACACAUACCUCUUGGAUAGUAUUAAGAGGUUGGCGAGUGACUGGGUCAGGGAUGGCUUGGGUGCAGAAUGAGGGAGGAUAGAUUAGAUGGGUCUUGAAGAUACCUUCCACCCUUUCAUUCUUAUGCUAACAUAGGAACCAGUGAGUAUUUGUGGGCAGUCACUUCCAGGCAUGUGCCACAGUGACUUAUUUAAGUGACAAACAAUUAACCUUCUAAUUUUUUUAGACAUAUGGUUGGGUUCACCCAUCCUGCAGCUUACCAUGACAACCACCCCUGUGAUGGAAUCAGCUUUUAAACCAGUGUUGUCCGUCCGUCCUCCCUCCCCCACCCUUUGAUGAUUCUUAUGGGGGAGGCGUUCCACUCUUUCACAUUUCCUCCCGCAUCCUUGUUUUUCCUUGUUCUUACCCUGUGACUUAUUUAUUGCACGAAUAUAAGUUAUUUUCACGUCCUUUAUGCCAUUCCGCCUUGUGGCACGGCCAGGAUGUUGGUACAGAGCCGUACUUUAUAUUUUAUAUAUGCAAAUCACAUUUUAUCUUCUAUAGAGCAAGAAAAAAAGUACUUAUUUAUUUUCUGACUUACAGUAAGUGUCCUGCAAGACUCCUCUGUAUUUUGUAGACUUUACAAAUAAAGCCAGAUUUUUUUUCCAAAAUGGAAAAGCUGAAAA